AUGAACAGAAAAUACUUGGAUCGUCGAUCAUAUUCAUGGUCCGGACAAGCAAGACCAUACAUAUGCGAUUUUUGUGAGAGAGGUUUCUCAAACGCACAAGCUUUAGGAGGGCACAUGAACAUUCACAGAAAAGACAGGGCAAAGCUUCGACAAGCGAACCUAAAAGAAGAUAGUGAUCAAGACGCCAUUUCCACCACUUCGAGAAGUCGGUUCGAGCAAGAUCUUAUUGAAUUACCUUUCUUCGUUGAUACGGUCGGUCCAACAACAAAAGAAGACAGUAAUAAGAGCGGGAACUAUUUGGGAGAUGAAGAAGAUAAGAAACUGGGGAUACUUCAGAAGGCUCUAUCGCAAAGUCCAGAUAUGAUAGAUCUUGAGCUCCGUCUAGGAUUAGAUCCUUAUAAGAAAUCACCAAGUACGUAA